AAAUUCAGUUCGAUUCGAUUUGCGGUGUGUAUGUAACCUUCCUAGAAAGGUCGGUGUGUGUAGCGCAAUUAUUACUAAAUUAAUUUCGAUCUAAAAAAACUGUUCAACAGUUCUUUUUGCAACGAAUUUGUGCGGCUAAAAAGUGUGGAAACAUUAGCUGUAUUUCCUUUGAAUUGAUUUAAAUAUCGAAAGUUGUUCAACAAUUUGUUUGCGUGUUAACUUUUUAGUGCGUCAAGAUGUUGAGGACAAUUGCAGCACGCAACGAACUCAUAAUGCUGCGUGGAACAGCGCUGGCACGAGCAAGACCAGCACGUGAAGCCGUACGUGUUAUGGGCGCACAAACGGCCAGGAAGCUACAGACACUCAGGUUUGCACCCAAGAACCAUGUGGCCACCGUGCCAAAGCCAUUGGGCAUGUGGAGUACGAAUUUCGCACGAAACUACGCCGAUCUACCGUCGCACAUCAAAGUGCCACUACCGGCACUAUCGCCCACUAUGGAACAGGGUACCAUUAUUAGCUGGGAGAAAAAAGAGGGCGACAAAUUGAACGAAGGUGAUCUGUUGGCCGAAAUCGAAACCGACAAGGCUACUAUGGGCUUCGAAACACCAGAGGAGGGCUAUUUGGCUAAAAUUGUUAUACCAGCUGGUACUAAGGAUGUUGCCAUCGGUAAAUUGGUUUGCAUUAUUGUGCAAAAUCAAGAAGAUGUCGCCGCAUUCAAGGACUUUGUCGACGAUGCGCCAGCAGUGGCCAAACCUGCUGCCGCCGCCGCAUCACCACCAGCAGCUGCUGCACCAGUAGCACCACCACCACCGCCACCAGCUGCUGCGCCAGCACCUGUAGCCGCCGCCCCUGUCGGUGGUAAGCCCUUGACAGCCGUUGAGCAACGCGGCGAACGUGUGUACGCCAGUCCAAUGGCAAAGCGGCUGGCCGAAGCACAGAGUCUCCGAUUGCAAGGUAAAGGCAGUGGCAUCUACGGCUCAAUAAAAUCUAGUGAUCUUGCAGGCAUGGCAGCAGCUGCACCAGCAGUCGGCGCACACGCAGCAGCCGCACCAGCUGCACCACAAGGAGGCUACAUUGAUAUACCGGUUUCGAAUGUACGCGGUGUGAUUGCGAAGCGUCUCAAGGAGUCGAAACAGCAAAUACCGCACUACUAUGUGACCAUGGAAUGUCAAAUGGACAAUUUGCUGAAAUUGCGUGAGAAGGUGAAUAAGAAAUAUGAGAAACAGGGUGUACGUGUAUCGGUCAAUGAUUUCAUAAUUAAAGCCACUGCCACGGCAUGCCGCAAAGUGCCCGAAUCCAAUUCAUAUUGGAUGGAGAGCGUGAUAAGACAAUUCGACAAUGUUGAUGUAUCAAUGGCUGUUUCCACCGAUACUGGCCUAAUUACGCCAAUUGUUUUUGGUGCCGAUCGCAAAGGUGUUGUUGAUAUUUCAAAAGAAACCAAAUCAUUAGCUGCCAAGGCCAGAGAGAAUAAAUUGAAGCCACAAGAAUUCCAAGGCGGCACCGUUUGCGUAUCCAAUUUGGGCAUGAUGGGCGUUUCACAAUUCUGUGCCGUCAUAAAUCCGCCACAAUCCUGCAUUUUGGCAAUUGGCGCCACCACAAAGAAGCUGAUACUCGAUCCCGAUAGCCUUAAAGGUUUCCGCGAAGUUAGCGUAAUGAAUGUGACUUUGAGUGCGGAUCAUAGGACUGUAGAUGGCGCUGUUGCUGCCAAAUGGCUGCAAUACUUCCGUGACUUCAUAGAGGAUCCCCAAACAAUGAUUCUUUAAGCUUAGCACCAAAAAAUAUUACCUUCAUAAAUACACAGACACACCACCACCACCCACAUACAGUUAAGCGUAAUCCAUUAAAAUGACCAACGAAUGUAUAAAGUAGCUGUCAAAAAAAAAAAAAAUAAAAGAAAAAUAA